CGGUGCCGGGGCGGGCGGAGAGGUGCCGAGGCAUCGCCGUGCGAGCGGCGCCCCGUGUGCCUCCUGCGCCCCCGGCCAGCACCCCCGGGCCGGGGCAUGGAGGCGGCGCACAGCAUCCCCGUGCUCGACGUGCUCCGCCGCUUCGGGGUCAGCGAGAGCUGCGGGCUCAGCCCCGAGCAGGUCCGCCGCAACCGGGAGAAGUACGGCCCCAAUGAGCUCCCUGCAGAAGAAGGAAAGUCCCUCUGGGAGUUGGUACUGGAGCAGUUUGAAGACCUACUCGUCCGCAUCCUUUUGAUGGCAGCUUUUCUGUCCUUUAUCCUGGCCUGGUUUGAAGAAGGGGAGGAGACCACGACGGCGUUUGUGGAGCCCAUUGUCAUUAUCAUGAUCCUGAUUGCCAACGCUGUGGUGGGAGUGUGGCAGGAGAGAAAUGCUGAGAGUGCCAUCGAGGCCUUGAAGGAGUACGAGCCCGAGAUGGGGAAGGUGAUCCGCGCCGACCGCAGCGGGGUGCAGCGGAUCCGCGCCCGCGACAUCGUCCCUGGGGACAUCGUGGAGGUGGCAGUUGGUGACAAGGUGCCAGCAGACAUCCGCAUCAUCGAGAUCCGCUCCACCACCCUGCGCGUCGACCAGUCCAUCCUCACAGGGGAGUCUGUGUCAGUGAUCAAACAUGCUGACCCCAUCCCUGAUCCCCGGGCUGUCAACCAGGACAAGAAGAACAUGCUUUUCUCUGGCACCAACAUUGCCGCUGGGAAGGCCGUGGGGAUCGUUAUCGCGACGGGGGUGUACACCGAGAUCGGGAAGAUCCGAAACCAGAUGGUGGAGACCGAGCCUGAGAAGACACCCUUGCAGCAGAAGCUGGAUGAGUUCAGCCAGCAGCUCUCCAAAGUGAUCUUCCUGGUGUGCAUCGCCGUCUGGGUCAUCAACAUCAGCCACUUCAGCGACCCCGUGCACGGCGGCUCCUGGUUCCGGGGGGCCAUUUACUACUUCAAGAUUUCGGUGGCGCUGGCGGUGGCCGCCAUCCCCGAGGGCCUCCCGGCCGUCAUCACCACCUGCCUGGCGCUGGGCACGCGCCGCAUGGCCAAGAAGAACGCCAUCGUGAGGAGCCUGCCCUCCGUGGAGACCCUGGGCUGCACCUCGGUGAUCUGCUCCGACAAGACCGGCACCCUCACCACCAACCAGAUGUCCGUGUGCCGGAUGUUCAUCAUGGAGAGGGUGGAGGGCACCCAGUGCAGCCUGCACGAGUUCAGCAUCACCGGCUCCACCUACGCCCCCGAGGGACAGAUCCUGAAGGACGAGCAGCCGGUGCAGUGCGGGCAGUACGACGGGCUGGUGGAGCUGGCCACCAUCUGUGCCCUCUGCAAUGACUCCUCGCUGGACUACAAUGAGUCCAAAAAAGUCUAUGAGAAGGUGGGGGAAGCCACUGAAACAGCCCUGACGUGCCUGGUGGAGAAGAUGAACGUCUUCAACACAGACCUCAGCAAACUGUCCAAGGUGGAGAGAGCCAACGCCUGCAACUCAGUGAUCAAGCAGCUGAUGAGGAAGGAGUGCACCCUGGAGUUCUCCCGGGACCGCAAGUCCAUGUCCGUGUACUGCACUCCCACGGGGCCUGGCAACAACUCUGCUGGCAGCAGGAUGUUUGUCAAGGGUGCCCCGGAAAGCGUCAUCGAGCGCUGCACCCACGUCCGCGUGGGCACUGCCAAGGUCCCGCUGACCGCCCCAGUGAGGGACAAGAUCCUGGGCAGGAUCCGGGACUGGGGCAUGGGCAUGGACACGCUGCGCUGCCUGGCCCUGGCCACGCACGACGCGCCCGUCCGCAGGGACGCCAUGCAGCUGCACGACUCGGCCGCCUUCGUCCACUACGAGAACAACCUGACCUUCGUGGGCUGUGUGGGGAUGCUGGACCCUCCCCGCAAAGAGGUGACCUCCUCCAUCGAGAUGUGCCGCAAGGCCGGCAUCCGCGUCAUCAUGAUCACUGGCGACAACAAGGGCACGGCAGUGGCCAUCUGCCGCCGGAUCGGCAUCUUCUCCGAGACCGAGGACGUGUCUGGCAAGGCCUACACGGGCCGGGAGUUCGACGAGCUGCCCCCCGAGGCGCAGCGCCAGGCGUGCCGCGAGGCUCGCUGCUUCGCGCGCGUGGAGCCGGCGCACAAGUCCCGCAUCGUCGAGUACCUCCAGUCCUUCAACGAGAUCACGGCCAUGACAGGUGAUGGCGUCAAUGACGCUCCGGCCCUGAAGAAGGCAGAGAUUGGCAUCGCCAUGGGGUCGGGCACGGCUGUUGCCAAGUCAGCUGCUGAGAUGGUGCUCUCUGAUGACAACUUCUCCACCAUUGUGUCGGCCGUGGAGGAGGGCAGAGCCAUCUACAGCAACAUGAAGCAGUUCAUCCGCUAUCUCAUCUCCUCCAACGUCGGGGAGGUCGUUUGUAUCUUCCUGACAGCCAUCCUGGGCUUGCCCGAGGCGCUCAUCCCUGUGCAGCUGCUGUGGGUGAACCUGGUGACAGACGGGCUGCCGGCCACCGCGCUGGGCUUCAACCCCCCGGACCUGGACAUCAUGGACAAGCAGCCCCGCAACCCCAAGGAGCCCCUCAUCAGCGGCUGGCUCUUCUUCCGCUACCUGGCUGUUGGAGUGUACGUGGGCCUGGCCACAGUGGGCGCGGCGACCUGGUGGUUCCUGUACGACGCCGAGGGACCGCAGGUCUCCUUCCACCAGCUGAGGAACUUCAUGAGGUGCACUGAGGACAACCCCAUCUUUGAAGGAAUUGACUGUGAGAUCUUCGAGUCGCGAUACCCAACGACGAUGGCUCUGUCUGUGCUGGUGACAAUCGAAAUGUGCAAUGCUCUGAACAGUGUCUCUGAGAACCAGUCGCUGCUGCGGAUGCCACCGUGGCUCAACAUCUGGCUGCUGGGGGCCAUCAUCAUGUCCAUGGCUCUGCACUUCCUCAUCCUCUAUGUCAAGCCCAUGCCUCUCAUCUUCCAGGUGACGCCCCUGAGCUGGCCGCAGUGGGUGGUUGUGAUGAAGAUCUCCCUGCCUGUGAUCCUGCUGGAUGAAGGACUCAAGUACCUUUCCCGCAACCACCUGGAUGGAGAAGAGGACAAGAAAUGAACGACACGAGGGCGACUCUGAACUAGAGGAUCCCUAACUUGUAACUGGGACUGAAGUCUUGCAUGCGUGACCAUCGCUAGAGCCAGCAGGACAUGCAUGUGUCCAACUAUCAGACAAAUGCGGGUGAAUCGUCGAAAAGAAAAAAUCCUGAUUUUCGUUCUGUUCUGUAGCUUUCUUUUCCCUGUACAUAUGAGUGCAAUUACUGGACAGCUGGCGUAGAGUUUGGGGAUGGAGCUGUGUGGAUCUGAAUCAUUGUAAUGUGGUUCCUUGGGAUUUGUUCUUGCCAAAUUUGAGACCCUCUUUGCAAUUUUCACCCUGAGUGAGCACAGGCAAGGUGGCCUUCAUGAGAGAUUAAGGCAGGAAGUCUGGAUUUGAGGCCACAUCCCCCAGUGGGAUGGGAUGCACAAGGCAGCUUCAGGGGCUGGGAAGGGCUUGGCAGUGAGUGAGGGCAGGGAGAGAGGAGAGGGAGCUGUGUGUUGGGGUUGUUGAGCCUUGAUGAUGUCCACAGUGUUGCUGCUGCUGUGCUCUGCUCCAGUGGCUGCAGCAGCUGGGCAUAGCUUCAGAGUGUGUCCAACACUGGUGUGAAUCUCUUGGAGGUGUGUUUGUACCUCAAGGUCAGGUGCAUGUGGUGGAAGGCAAAGUUCUCCCUGUUUAUCACGCUGUCCUGUUUGAUCCCUGCAUUAUGGAAAGCCCAGCACCUUCUCAGGCUCAUCCAGCACCAAAGCACGGUGAAGUCCUGUCUGUUCUCCAUCUGGCACCUUGCUAAAUCCCAUCUGCACUAUAUAAGGCAGUCCUUCUCCUUGGAGGGGCAGCCACAUAAAGAAAAGCAAGGGGAUGCCUACCUUGCAUUCCUCAUGUCCACCACUCCUUCCUGGUCACACUUUCUUUCCUCAGUGAAUUUUUAACUAUUUCUCUAGCAGUAGUAGAGCUUAAGUGUUCAGGAGCACAUCCAUGACUUCAUGUGCUCUGCUGUGGAGAAAUCACUGACUUGCACAGGGCAUCCCUGCCAAGGGAUCACGAUGGGAAUGAAUGUAUGCUUGUACAUAAUGUAGUCUUUCUCCAUGAGUGGUGUUUGUUGUGGCAUCCCUUUUUGUAAGGCACCAACUUUAUCUUGCCCUCUGGGGAUUUUUUCCACAGCAGGAGUGAGACAGUCUUCAGUGAGGAUUUGUAGAUCAGGAGUGGAUUUUGGAUCCAUUGAAUUGAUCCUUUUCCAUUGAGCUGCAUCAGCUGAGAAGCUGAUACUGGGUGAUCUCUUCUCCAGCUCUCCAAAUCCUCCCUCCUGUUUUCCUCACAGUCCCCUAGGAUCCAUCCUGAUGAUAUUUAGUUAGCCAGAGCCUGUAUCUUUCCUUUCUCUUACAUUCCAGCAACAGCACUAGAGCCAGGGUCUGGGAUAGCAUUUGCUCCUCUGCUGUUGGGUUUCUUCUUCUACUUUUUGUCUCUUAAAAGCUUCCAGUGUUUUUCUGUAUCAUCUGGGCAAGAGCAUCUCUCCUUCCAUACAGUAGGUGCCAAAUAUCAUCCGUCCUUUCUUUUCUCCAUCACCAGCAUUGAAGAUGAGCAGAACCCCCAGACCAAUGGGAAUGUACAGAAUUGUUAUACUACUGAGCUGAUUUAUUGUACAGAAAACCUUGCAUGAAAUGUUGUUACUGUAUUUAAUAUAUAAUGUAUUCAAGGAAUUUUAAUAUGGAGCUCUUUAAAAAGAUCUUUAUAGAUACUCUGUGGUUAGAAGAUUGUUGCUGAUUUUUUAAAAUCUUACUAUACUUUGUCUUGAAGAAGUUUUAUUUUUCAAUUGUGUUCUGUCAAAAUGAUUUAAUCAGUUGAUCCCACGGGAUAACCAAUUCCUCUUCAAAGAUUUUCACCAUGGAUGAGACCCACCCUGGUGUAGAGGACCAGGACAUGACCCAGGUACUGUAUAAGCCUUCAAAAAAAGGCUUCAGUAAGACUAAUGCUGUAGACAUGUGAUUUGCCCUUCCUCAGAAGGGUGGAUUUCACCUUAUUUUAGCACAGGUCACAGAAGUAAAGAAUUGUUUAAGUUGGGAAAGACAUCCAAGAUGAUUGAGUCCAUCUCCAUCGCUCUGUGCAGAAAAGCAGCCAGUGGGAAUUUAGUCCAGCUCCAGCUCAGUGUCAUCACAGGAGAGAGCUUCUUUGUUUCUCUGAGGCUAACAACCACUUAAGGAGAAGCUGGGCUGGAUUCAGAGGCUGGGCAGGAUUCAGAGCAUCCCAGCCCUGUUUGGAGGGUCCAGCAGGGCCUGCAGCUGCCCAGUGACAUCUCCUUGGUCCCUUGUGCUACAGGAACCUGCUUGGUCCAUCCACCACCUGAGUUACACUGCUUUCCCUGGACUUAAUGUCUGGUGAAGGAUUAUGAAUUGAACCCAAAUGUGUGUGGUGUGGAGAAGUUUCUUGUGUAAAAGCCCAGGCAGUGUCAGUCUGUUCAUGCAGUCAUUGGGUCACAAUUGUGAGUUACCAAAGCCUGAGCCACCGUGGGCAAGAAACCAGAGCUGUGUCCCAGUUUGUUCUUUCCAGCAGCAGCAAGUUGGAUUUUAUUUCUAUUGUGAGCCCUCAGAUCUGUCUAGAAAAUACCCAGGUAAUCUGCACUAGAGCUGCCUGGGGCAGGUGGCCUCCUUGCCAGGAGGGACCAUUUUGACACGUCCCCAUUUCCCCUUCUCAAUGGUUGACCACAUCUCUUGUCUCUCCCCCAUCCUUUAAUUACUUGGAGUACAGGUUUCACUCCAUACUUCUGAUUGCAGAGCCUUAUACUUCAAACAUCUUAAUUAAGUAGAAAAAUAUCCGUAGGUGUAAGUAUUUUUUCCUUUAUUCUUCAGUGAAAGGUCAGGAUAAAUCACAGAGUACUUAUUUAUUGCAUGUGUGCCAGCAGCAGCAUGCUGGGAGCUUUUACAGGCUGGAACAUGUUCUUGUGUAAACUUGGAGAUCCCAGAGCCAAGACCAUCACUUUGGGAUAGGCUCUUGUGUCUUACCAAGGCAUCUGACUGUGCAAUACAAGGGAGAUGGACACUGGGUGGCUGUUUUGCCCUAAAGCUUUUUUUUUAAAAGCAGCUUAGGGGAAAACCUCUGGGAUUCUUGCUUUUCUUGGCAACAGAGGUUAGAAAUUAUUCCAUUUUUAGUUUUAUUUUGAUGGUGCUGCCUGGCAUAUUCUAAGUCUAUAAAUAAAACUCAGGUCUUUCCAGCAAGACCUUUAGCAUUGGUGGGCUGCUGUGACAGAUCCUCCACAAGAUGCAGGGUGUAGGACAUGCUGGAUGGCAGCAUAGGAUUAUGAUUAUCCAUGAGCACUUUAUACUCCUUCCUCAGGGGCCAAGCACCGUGCUGGGGUACAGCCAAGGUGGGAGGGAAAGGUCCUGUGUUCCUGGGGCGAGCACCAGGGGGAUCAGCUGUGGUGGAAAGUCUUUUGUGCUGUUCUGGGGUAUUGUGUCAUUGCUGGAUGAGCUCUUCCCCCUGUGCUGUGUGAUCCCACGGGGAUCCCAUGCUGGAAAAGGAAAAAGAGCAAAGUGCUGUAUCCUGUAUUUUAUUUGUGUCGUGUGGCCCGGGUGUGGAUGAGGUCUGUGUUUGUGUGUUUGGGGUUUUGGCACUGUGAGCAUUCUGUGUGUGUGUUUCUGGUGAUGCUCUGCUCAGCCAAGGCUGGAUGGCAGCACCAGGCGCUGGGGAGGAGGGACAGGCUCUGAGGAGGGGCUGAGGGGCUUCAUUCCUGUAGGAGCAUCAGAUCUGGGGUUGCGUUGGAGUUUCUGCUCAUGGUGUGGAUGGCAGAAGGAGGAGCAAGAGGAAAACUCAGCAUUAAGUUUUGGUCCUUCUUUUGUACAUCAGGUUGAUAAUACUGCUUCCCAGUCAGGGUCCUGCUCCACCAAAACUCACCAAAUAAUGAUUUGAGCUGUGUAGGGGCCCUGGCUGGGAGAUGUUCAUGAGGUCCAGUGACCUUGGCAUUAGAUCACUCUGAAUCAAACACACCCAAGUCCCCACUACCUAAUCCUGAGACUUACUGUGAUUUUUGGACCAUACCUGGCAUGGCCAUCACCUUGUGUAAAUGAUGCCAGAGAUUCAGUUCCCAUCUGGGCUCUUUUUCCCCCACUUCUGCAGUGGCAUUUUCUGUCAGGGGAGACAGCCUGGCAGUACUGACCAAGGAGAGGGCUUUACCCCAUGCAGAUCUUGUGUGGCACAGUUGGAGUUAGGAUUUGCAGGGCUGCUGUGAGUAGACACAGGGUAAACUGUGCUCCCUGGACCUGUUCUUGUGGUGCCAUUCAGCUUUUGGUGUGAGUGGGGCAUUAAAUGAGCCAAAAUCUGUGUGUGCCUGGAGUGGUGGGCACUUGGGACCAAGAGGAGGGCAACCCCUGAACUGCCAGCAGGUGCCCUCAGUGGCUUCAGUCUGGGAAUAUGCUGAUUUUUUUAUAUGAGAUGCCUGAACAGCCAAAUGUAGAAAUCUCUGAGAUUGUGCUUCAUAGUAAAAGGUAAAUUGUUAUAUCUUGGGGGGUGGGAGGGUGUUAUCUGAGGGAUAGAACUGAAAGAAAUGAGGUUUCCUAUUUUAUUAUAUGAGAGAUAUUUUUCCACUAAAUUGCUGCUUCCUAAACCGUGUCCUUUGUCUGACUGUAAAUAGCCAGGUGUGCCGGGAAGACGUGGGAAGGCUCCUUGUGGUCACAUCCAUACAAUCCACUCUGUUCACACAAUAUUGGGCUGAUUUGUUUUAUACUUAGAAAAUUACAGAAAUAAAAGCAAUUUUACUGGA